CCUUCUUACAUACACCGUGUGUGUCACACUCUCACUCUUCUCCUACAUUUUUACUCGUAAUAAACGUUCAUACGUACCCUUAUGACAACAUAAAUUAGAGAGGAAGCGAUCCGGAUAGACAAAGACUGCGACCAGAUUCGAUUAAUUUCAAUACAACUUGCUGAAGUCAACACAAAAAAAAAGAUCACCGGAAAUUUUCUCCAACGGAAAUGGCUUCCAGGUGAAAUAGCUGCUCGAGUCUUCUGGCCACGUGACAUCCCGUUCUUUGUUGGCGGAACUAGACGGAAUCACACGGAAUUUAGCGAACAUUACCGAGAUUCUUCAACACAAUCACCUUGUCUUCUGUGUGUCCUUCCACCAACAUCAUUUCUACAUACACACACACACACACUCAUAUAUCUAUAUACAUACGCUGCCAAGAUGUUUCCCAGAAUCCUCAGUGGUGUCAACAGUGUCUCUCGAGUGAUCAGCAAUGCUGCACAGCGUAACAUUGGGCUUUCUGCUCCAGCUUUGCAGACUGCAGCAGCACUUGACCCCAUCCAACAGUUAUUUGUUACCAAAGUCAGGGAAUAUGCCAACAAAAGCAAAGCUGCCGAUGGCCAGAUGGUUGACGUGACACCUGAAGUAAAGAAAACUUUGGAUGAGGAACUUAGCAAAGUAAGCCGAGUAUAUAAUGCUGAAGGACAAGAUAUGACACAAUUCCCAAGUUUUACCUGGGCUGAUCCAACAUUAGAAGCUGUAAGUGUGAAAGUUGAAGCACCAGCCGCUGCUGCGGUAGAUGCAGCAGCUGAAGACGCCGGUGAUGAAGAAUCAAAUGUUCCUUAUUUUGAUAUUUAAAUAUGAAAUAACUUAGGAAACAAAUUUUUUUUUUCUUUUGAUAUAGUCUUGUUGAAAUGAGUGAAACAUCCAAAUAAAAGGAACAGUUUUGUAUUUCUUUUGGGAGAGAAUCCUUAAAGGAGUUGUAGAAAGUCUAUGUUCAAUCACAGAUGUUGGUGUUCCAUGUUAAUUACAAAAUAAAUGAAUUUUACAUUAA